UUUGCUGGGGCAGGUUCUGACAGUGGGAGCUGUGAAGUGUGCUCCCAGGACCCCCUCCAAACUCGCCUCCUCAGGUGUCCCGGGGCUGGGGAGGUUUCUGGGAACUCAGCCCCAGCCUCCGUGCCCAGCACCGCCUCCGCCGCAGGUCGCGAGCGCGCAUCCUCGCAGCACCGUGGCGCAGGGAGCGGCUCACCCAGCCGAGCGGCCAGAGGCAGCGGCAGCGGUGGGGCUCGCUCACCUGGGAGGACCUGGGACCGGGCCGAGCCUGCGGUAACCCGGGGAUGGAGAUGUCUUCCCAGAGGUUAAUUUCUAACAGAACCUCCUUGCAGUCUGCAUCAAAUUCUGAUUACACCUGGGAAUAUGAGUACUAUGAGAUUGGGCCUGUUUCCUUUGAAGGACUGAAGGCUCAUAAAUAUUCCAUUGUGAUUGGAUUUUGGGUUGGUCUUGCAGUCUUUGUGAUUUUCAUGUUUUUUGUGCUGACUUUACUGACAAAGACGGGUGCCCCACACCAAGACAAUACAGAGUCCUCAGAGAAGAGAUUCAGAAUGAACAGCUUUGUGUCGGACUUUGGAAAACCACUGGAACCCGAUAAGGUGUUUUCUCGUCAGGGCAAUGAGGAGUCCAGGUCUCUCUUUCACUGCUACAUCAACGAAGUGGAGCACUUGGACAAGGUCAAAGCUUGUCAGCAAACGACAGCCAUUGACAGUGAUGUCCAACUCCAGGAAGCCAUCAGAAGCAGUGGGCGGCAAGAGGAGGAGCUGAACAGGUUCAUGAAGUUUGACAUCCCCAACUUUGUGAACACUGACCAGAACUCCUCCUUUGGCGAGGAUGAUCUUCUCAUUUCAGAACCACCUUUUGCUCUAGAAAAUAAGCCAGUUUCUCAGAUCUCACACAAAGACCUGGACUGAGAAACAUAGUUCUGUUUUUCUGCAGAUGUAUUCUGUCUUUUUAUAGCAAGAAAUCUCCAUCCACUAAAGUUGUGUGUGUAUGUGUGUGUGUGUGUGAGAGAGAGAGCGAGAGAGAGGAGAGAGAGAGAGAGAGAGAGAAAGAGAGAGUGAGAGAGAGAAAGAGAGAGAGCUGAUUAAUGCCUAAGGCUGGGACUGAGUGGUAGAUUUGGGGCAGAAGGCAUCAACUUUUACUGGGAUUUCCCUCCACACACAUAGUUUUCAACCCAUUUAGGAUGGUUUGUUUGUUGCAUUAAAAUGCAUUUAUGUUAUCUCAUCUUCCUUAUUGAACAUUCAGCCACUUACACAAGUGAACGCUCCUAAAUGAGGGUUAGGUCACUGCAUUCUGAUCUAGCCUGUUGCUACCAUGUUCUAUGCCUUUAACAAAACCACCUUAUCUCCUUGGGCCACUAUGCUUUUAAAGGCAAGGUGGCAUGUCUUGAUUAGCUGACUCGCCCCUCUAGGAUCCUGUGAACUUACCACUUUGCAACCAAACAAGCUAAAGUAUAAUAUAUGUAAAACAGAGCAGUGCUUCCUAGCUUUCAUUGUAGUUUUUCCCGAUCUUGGUACCUUCCACUCAGCCCUUUAGGAAGUUACACUUUGGUUAGAGGAUCUUUACCAGGGUAUCAAGAGACUCACACAAAACUGUGGGUAAAGUUUCUGCUGAGUUAACCUGAGAAACUCCAACCAUUUGUGCUCAAACCUGGUGAUAGCUCUGACCCCAGUGAGUACCAGCCUAAGGUAUCUCACAGGUAUUUGUGUUCUCAAGAAAUAUAGGGUAGGUUGUCCUCUGGCUGAUGCUGGUUCUUCUGGGUGUGCUGUGUUGGUGUCUCUGUGGUCACACUGCUGAACUACUGGCUUUAGAAUAAUAAACUACCAUCUGCCAUGCUGUCUGCUUCCUUGGCAGAUGUGCAGGCUUCCUCUGGCUUGGAGCUGAGAUGAUCAGUGGGUUGUAUAUAUCUCAGUAAUAGGUAUUCAGGGUGAUAUGUUAAUGUGAGCAACAUGGAGUUCAUGUUACAAAGGAAGCAACCCUUCUUGAUGGUAUUGGAAACAACUUGGUUUUGCAGUUGUCUGCAUGGCCAACUCUAAUCUUGGAGUAGCAUUUUCACUAUGAGUUGUCUUGCUUAAGCUACAAAAUAAAUGUAUUUGCACAGGAUUUUUCUCUGGUUUUAAUACAAUCAAUUUUUCAUUCCUUUAAAAGGCUGCAUCAUGUUGUCAAUGUCUCCUGAGCAUGUGUGCUGAUUCUAUCAUCUAAGGGAUCCUAGUAAUCAGAGCCAUGCACAAGUUUCAUUUAGAAAUUACUCCAUGAAAAUACAUUCCUUUACUGUCCUUUCUUAACAUUUUAAAAAAAAUAUUUUUAUUUUAUGCGUAUGAUUAUAUUGCCUGCAAG